CUUCUCCUUCCUCCCCCCACUCUUGAGUCUUGCCCCCGAAACCCUCGCCAAGUUCCCUACCCUUUCCACCCUCGAGCUACAGUAGCGAUUUGAGAGCUACCUGGGAAGGCAACGAAGGAAUCGCAGCGUACAAAGAGCACCGAAACUCACAUCUUUUUCUUCAUCCUGCUUCGCUCCUGCGCGAAACCAUUGAGGAAGGUGAGAGAUGGUGAUUACUCGUAUGGCGAUCUCAAUGAAGUCUCUUCUUUCAUUCCCCAUCAGAAAGUUUUGCUGGAGGUCAACUCACCUUUUAAGUGCGGUCUCUUUAUGUCAGGAAAAGAGGCCUAACUCUGCCUUUCGGUGUAGAAUGUCUCAAGACCUUGAGAAAACUUGCAAGGAGAUGGGAAGCAAAGCUGGUAUGCUGGUCUUAGCUUCAGAACGCUACAUUGAGGAAUCAAUUAAGGCAAUUAAAGCUGGAAAGAUUAUAGCAGUUCCGACGGAUACACUUUAUGGAUUGGCUUGUGAUGCAUGUUCUGCCGCAGCAAUUAAUGAGAUUUAUGAAGUCAAAGGGCGUCAACUGACAAGCCCUCUUGCAAUUUGUGUUGCUGAUGUUUCAGAUAUACCUCGCUUUGCUCUUGUGGACGGUUUACCUCACGGUCUAUUAGAUAGUCUUCUACCUGGGCCUGUUACUCUUGUUCUUAGGAGAGAUGAUUCCAGCAUUCUGGAGAAGUCACUAAACCCAGGCUUACAUAGCAUCGGUGUUCGAAUCCCAGACUAUAAAUUUAUUCGUGCAAUUGCUCGUGGUUCUGGGAGCGCCUUAGCUCUAACAAGCGCGAAUCUCAGCGGACAACCUAGUAGCAUCAGCCCAAAAGAUUUUGAGCACCUCUGGAACCGUUGUGCAUAUGUUUUUGAUGGAGGCUUGCUUCAGGGCAGUCGUGCUGGUUCGACGGUGGUGGAUCUUACGAAUCCUGGUUCGUAUAAGAUGUUGAGGCCAGGAAGUGCGAUGGAGAAAACUGUUGCAGUGCUUCUUAGCUUCGGUUUGGAAGAAGCAAUUUGAGAGAAGGUUAUCAUGAAGGAUUCCUUCAGCCCUGCUGAUCAAGAAUGGCAAGCUUAUCGGUUGAUCUUUUUUAGUUAAUGUUAUUUUUUUUAAUCUUUAAUUAUACAGAAAUAGAAGUGAAGGUGAU